UCACGGCGACUGUUUUGUCACUUUCGUCACGAACUCGCGAUCCCGAAGCCCCUUAAGCGUCGACACGCGACAACCUCGCUCACAUCAUCCUCGCCCUCCGCGCCAGAGAGUAUCCACAGAGCUGACCACUUGGGCCAAUUGACUAAUCAGCGACGACCAGUGUCGGUAGCCGCGAGAGAAGUGCCGUCAGUGCAGUGCCACCCGCAUCCCGAGUUCAAUUCCCGUUUCCUGUGUCCUGUGUCCUGUGUCCUGUGUCCUGUGCGUGCGAUAUGCGGCUCGAGGCGAUCAUCCCGGACUUCCCGGCCAACACCACGCACGGCCCGAUCAACUUCUACGAUUUCGCCGGCGACUCAUGGGUAGUACUUUUUUCCCACCCUGCCGACUUCACGCCGGUCUGCACGACUGAACUAGGAAGGAUGGCGGUUCAUUUACCCGAAUUUGAGAAGAGGAAUGUGAAACUCUUAGCUCUAUCUUGCGACAAACUUGAAACUCACACAGACUGGGUUAAUGACAUCAAGUCGUACUGCCGGGACAUUCCCGGUGAAUUCCCGUACCCGAUCAUCAGCGACGAGUCGAGGGAGCUGGCGGUGAAGCUGGACAUGUUGAACGAGGCCGAUAGAGAGAAUCCGGAUACAGCCAUGACAGUCAGAGCUCUCUACGUAAUCAGCCCUGAUAAGAGGUUAAGGCUCUCCAUGGUCUACCCAACGUCCACGGGACGCAACGUUGAUGAGCUAUUGCGAGUAAUAGAUUCAUUACAACUACACGAUCGCUUGAAAGUAAUAGCCACUCCGGCCAACUGGGUGCCUGGAGAUAAAGUUAUGAUCCUCCCAAGCGUAACCGACGAGCAAAUUCAGGAGUUAUUCCCAGAGGGCGCUGUUGACAGCGUGUCGAUGCCGUCAGGAAAGUGCUACGUCCGCACCACCACCAAAUACUGAGGUUGCGAGACUUCUAAAUAGACUACAUUUUGCAAUUAGGAACGACAAUUUCUGGCUCAUGGAUAAAAACACUUAUCUGCGUAGGAAAAUUGAUGCUAAGUAUGUUGUUUAUAAAAUGAGCCAAAUGUUGCAGUUCCUAAUUACGGAAUGUAGUCCAGCUGAUCUGCCAUCGUUCGGCACAGAUGGAGGACAACUGUCAAAAAAAAUUCGAAUGAUUCCUCCUGCACGUUUAUUCUUCUGUCAUGUAAUCCUGUGGCUGCGAUGUGACGAACAAGGAUUGCAAGUUGAUAAACGAAACAAUUCCACACUAAGCUAAGCAUAUUGUCAUAUUUUACUCUAAAUUGUUUAUUUUACACUAAUAAAACUGUCAUAAUUACUUGUUUAAGAA